CAGAAGACAGUUGAAUCGCUGCUGUCAAAACGACGACAAAGCAAACGCAACACACGAGUCGAUUAUCUUUUCUUUUAUUUCUGUUUAACUCGAUAAAAAAAAAAUACACAGAAAUUUAAAGCGAGCAGAAAAAAAAAUUCAACAGAUAAAAAAGUAGUCAAAUUUUACUCGAGCAACAAAUGCUAGAGUUCAUGCCCGGACAGUGUGUUUGUGAGUGUUCGUGUCUAUGAUCGAACCUGUCGAAUUGUGUGUUGUGUGUUUGUCAGAAGAAAAAACAAACGUGUUAAUUAGAAAAUUGAAUCUCCGGUAGCUGUUCGGUUUAACGUUUGUAGAAAAAAAAACUGUGAUGAAUUCUUGAGAUAUUUUCGGUUUUACGAAAUACGGCAAACAAGUCGAAAACCGAUAAAUAUUCAAUGCAACCAUAGAGAUCAAUCGAUUUGUUUUAUUGUUGUUUUCUGUGUGUAUGUGGUUUUGUGCUGUUUGAGAGUUGAAUUCGUGUUGUUUUUUACUUGCUCAUUUCAUCUCUCGCAUUUCGUGUAAAGUUUAAAUUUAGACGGCCUGUGCUGAUUGUGAAAUGUUCAAUGUGUAAAUAAGGAUACAAUUUCGGUCAGGUAUGUGGAUUCCAGUUUCAACGAGUACCACCCAAUCGAAUUGGUUUUUUUUGCUUCCAUCAUCUUCUCGACCCGCGCGCGAAAUUGAACUUUUUUUUAGUUGAUUUACGGUUGUUUACGUGAAUAACAACAAACAUUCAAUCCGAAUGGCAACGUAUCAAAGUAAUCUGAACUUGGAUCAUGUGAAUGAAUAUCGAAGAUUCAAAUCGUGUAUGUGCGUAUGUGAUAAAAUCGAACAUGAAUAAAAAAAUAUGAAAUCAAACACGGAAAACUAUAAAUAUUUCACAUUUGAAACUGUGUUGAAUUUAUAGAUUUUAUGUCAUGUCUCACAUUUUUUGUCCAUGUUUCAUUCUCUCAUUGAAGUGCGCCAAUUGUAAAUGUGGCUGGUUUUUUUUUUCUACGUUCAAGUGUUCAUUUGCACCAACAAGUAUCACUAGAUAAAAAAACUGUAUAAAUUUUUCAAACGCGAGACUAUCACCGUUUUAUUCUCUCGUUUAUUUCGAAAUGUGGCUUGAAAGAAAAAAUUAAGUGCUUUUUUGUGGUUGUUUAAACGGCCUGGAGUGUUAUUGGCUUCGGUCAAAACAUGUCUCAAAAAAUGCGUCCACAUCGCUUCAUUUUAUGUAAAUUGAAUCUUCUUUUGUAGUAUUGUUUUCUGUAAGCCGCCCAUUGACUGCGUGUGGAGUUGAAUAGAGAGAGAAACAGGCAAAGAGAAAUGUGUACACAUAAGCACGUUCCAUCGGAACGGUGACAAUAAUAGUACUUGAUGUAAACGAAAAAUAAAGUAUACAAACGGAGGAAAAAAACGAUUUAGUUUUCUGCUAUUUUGUCAACGCGCGUCGCGCUUUUACCACAUAACAAAAGUGUCUGAAAAGUUGGGCGCUUUUUUUUAAAUUUUUUUACCCGACCAAUUCAAACGUCGUUUAAUUGAAUGGACAAUGGACAUGCACACAAAGUGAGUGAAAAGUUGAUGAGAAUGAGAUCUCUUUCACGUUUCCGACAUUUGCAUGGAGAAAACUUUAUUAUCGUCAUUAGACUAUAGACGAAGAAUGAUCAACAUCAUCAUCAUCAUUUGGUACGAUCAAGUGGGAAAGAACUUGGAACGGUUUUGGUUUUGUGGCGAGAACAAAAUUCGAUGGCGUUUAGAAAUCAACAGCUGAACCGACUAGGCUUACUUAGAUAUUUAGUUGUUGUGCGCGCGUGUGAGGAUGUAUACGAUUGUGCGCAUUAUAAGACGAUAUUCGCGCGCACAUCUCGUCUCUGUUUCUCUCUUUCUUUGACUAUCUGCUUCAAUCUCCCAUCUCACUUUAGCCCACGAAUGAGACGCGUCUUUGCCAGAGAAUUCCAAAUGCAAAUGAUCAAUUCGUGUGUGUUGUGUUGAUCAUUUGUAUCUAUUAGCUGUCGCUGCCUGAAGCAAGAUAAAAAUGUGUGUAUUCAAAAGCGUUAAUAUGUUCUAUCCAAAGUGCAGAGACGUUGGCCCGUUAGUAACCAUGUGACGAUCGUGUGUCAUCCGUGUUUAUGUUUGUGGUGUUCAGUGUCUCUCAUUCUCUCUCUUUCGUUCUCUCUCAGUUGAUCUUGCUUGUCGAUCAAGUCAAGUGCCCACUGUAAUUAAUGUCGUGGAUAUACUUGCCUCUCGAGAACACGGUCUCUCGAGCGAGAUAAGGCAAAAUGAAACUAGGUGCUUGCUUGAUCAUAGUUUGAAUGCAACAAUUAUUUAGAUACAACUCUUCGGCACAUCACUUAUACAAUCACCAUCGCGCAAAUGCAAUUAUCUCUCAAAGCCACACAAACUCUCUCUCUCUCUUUCUCGGUCUCUUUUUUGCUUUUUUAUGGACAACACAAAAAUAACCACAGCAAGUGAUUUUUCUUUGCGUUUUUCUUCCAUCCAUUUAUAACUACAGCGAUUUUACUACACGAAUUCGAAUGAUUGUAGCUGCUUCUAUUAUUACUAUCGCAUCGAUUCAUGGUAGCAAAAGAAAUUAUAAUUAUUUCUGCGGUUGCUGCUGCUGCUCUUUUUUUUCUCUAGAAUUUCAAUGCAAAACAAAUUGUAGAGAAUCAUGCAAAGACUUGAUCGGCUCAAAUGAAAUUAUUUCUUGCAUGCAAAUUCCAACACUUUGGUUCCUGGAUAUUGUGUUUGUAUCAUCAUGGAUCCGAGCCAGUCAAAUAUUGCUCUUUGAGCUUUUCGAACAUACAGCUUUAUGGGCCAUUCGCUUGACAAGCUGAAUGUUCAAUGUUUGCUAUGAGGCAGCGUUGUAUAAAGCAAAAUUCCCUUUUAAACUUGAACAGUUGAAUGGGUUCAUUUUAGAAAUUUUUAGAAAAUACAUAUCCACUUUCCAGCAAAUUCUACAGUUCCAAUUGCUUUCAGCGAACAAAAUUCAAGCCAAGAAACAAACUGGGCUCCAGGUUUUUGACCUUGAUUUACAAUUGCUUUAAAUUCCUUUAAAUUCAAAGUUGUUUUUCAAAGUUGUUUUGAAUUCAUUUUUCGAUCGUUUCAAUUUUUGGACGAAAAAUUUUGAUGAUUUUUUUCCGACCCAAUACCCAAUUUUUCGAUCACAGAAAAAAUAACUUCCUGUUUACGUUUUGAAACGAAAAACAACAACGGUUUCCAAUUAACUUUGUGACGAAUUGCCCUGUACGCCCUCAAUCUCUCUCUUGCACUCUAAUUAAGACUUUGCAUUAAAUGUCUAAUUCGAUUUUUCACUAGUUCAUUUUGCAUUAUUAGCCUCAUUGCAACCGUGUUUUUUUUCUUUAUUUCUUCGAUUCUCGUUAUGUGUGUUCGACUCGAUUCGAAUGGAAUUCUGUGCGAGUGAUCAAAAUGAUUAAUUUUGCAAUUGUUGAUUGCUAAUGAUGAGUCGUAGUCGGUGAUGCAAGCAUACACACACAUACAUUGUCGUAAUUCUGUGCGAUUAUGCAUACAGAGAAUCGAAACGAUUGUUUAAUCUCGUGCGCGCACAUUCACGAGAUUUUCGUUUGUUUGAUCGGUUGUUAUUUUAUGUUUAUUUGUGAUUUUUUUUCUAUUCACUAAAUUUCAUGUUAUUUCACCACAUUUUUUUUCGUUGCUUCUUUGGCUUCUUAUUCGAUAGUAUUUUAUUCGUUGCAUCGUUUCACUGUGUGUGUGUGUGUGUGUGCGAGAGACAGAGAGGAAGGGAGGGAGAGAUGUUAUGUUGCACACAAUAAAAAUGAUUGUUUAUGUUUCAUGGUGAAAACUCUCAUGCAGCUCUCUCUAAGUCAGCAGAAAAUGCGGUAAGGGGUCAUGGUUGUUAGUAGUGGUUUUAUGGAUCAUGUUCUCGCAUACGACCGUUCGGAAGUUUAUCUGCGUGCGAAUGGUUUGAUUCCAGCCGCCGCACAACCGAUAAACAAUACAUUGAAUCGUCAACAACAGAAUCAACAGCCACAGCAACUGCCAUCAUCGCAACAAUCGAUAAAUUCAUCAAUUAUGCAACCGUCACCCAACGCAAAAGUCAACAACAAUGGUCAAUCGCCGGCCCGUGUCAUUUUAAUUUGUCAUUCGAAUUCGCAUCCAUUUCAAAAGCGAAACAUUUUGCUGGAACCACGGCAAGAAAUCAAAGUUGGCCGAUCGGUUCCACGAAGUCGCGUCGAGGAUUCCAAUGCAAUAUUCGAUUGCAAAGUGCUAUCACGAAAUCAUGCCAUCAUUUGGUAUGUGGAUGGGAAAUUUUUUAUCAAGGAUACCGGUAGCAGUAAUGGAACGUUUAUCAAUAGCCAACGAAUCAAGUCAAACGAAGCAUAUGAAAUAUCAUCGGGUGAUGUUGUUCAAUUCGGCGUUGAUGUCAUCGAAAAUUCACGAAAGGAAACGCAUGGCUGUAUCAUAGCCGUACUCAAGCUCAUCACACCCGAUGGCAUCGAGAAAACAUCAUACCAAAAUCCGCCCAAUCCGAACGCGUGCACAUUCGACAAUGACAUAUUUCGUCUUAAACAAAUCAUGCACGAAUCAUAUUUGCGCGAAAUUUUACUCGAAGAGAAAUUAGUUAAUUUACAAAAGGAGGUGUUGGCCACAUGGAAAAACUCAUCGAACUCAUGGCAAGCAUUGAUCCAUGAAGAUCUUUUACUAAGUCGUAUCGAUAUUCUAGAGAAUAAGUUAUCAUGUUAUCAAAAGAAUAUAACAAAUGAAAAGCUGCAAGAGCAGAUCAAUCAGUUGCAAGACGAGAAAGAAGUGUAUCAAAAAACCGCAAAAGACGCCUUAAAGAAAGUGUAUCAGGAACGAUUGGCUGUAAUGCGAAAGUUUACAAAGUUCGAGCAAUUUUGGCAGGCGAGCGAAGAUGAGUUGAUGGUGUUGCGGGCACAGCUUGCCGAUAGCAAAGAAAAUGAUGAAAAACUGCAAGAAAUGAACAAUUCGAAUAGUGAAAGUAUUCGCGAGCAAAUGGCGCGACAGGAGGCCGACUGCAAAGCGAUUAAAGCGGAAUUUGAGGAGGCCAAACGUGAAACCGAAGACCUCAAAAGUCAAUUGCAAAUCAUUGAAGAUUUCAAUGAAGAUGAUCUUCUGUUGGCCGAUAAUUGCAUGAGCGGUGGCGAUAAAAAUCGCAAUACAACCGUAUGGAAUAAGCAAAAGGAGAUCAUGAAAUGGUUAAACAACUCCGAUUUAAAGCAAUUAAAGGAUUCCGACGAAAUCAUCAAUGCCAUGUGCAAUGACACAAAACACAAAGAAUUCUUGAAGAUCGACCCGCAUCAAUGUCUUAAGGUCUAUGAAAAACUAUUGGAUAUCGAAAAGAAGUUCUUGUCGUCAACCAAACCGAUAAAGAUCGUCACUGAAUCAACUGCCUCAUUGGAUAAUAUGGAUAAUAAACGCAGUAUUGAAUCGGAUGCAAUUCUAAUCAGUAAUUGUGAAGAGAGUGCAGCUAAAAGUGAUGAUGAUAGCAAUCAUAAUACGGAAAAUGGCGAAUGUAAGGUGAUCAGCGAGAUCGAAACCAAGGAGAGCAACGCCAAUGAUGUGGUCAAGGUCAAUGAAGAAAACCAAAAUUGUCUAGAGACAACGGAUGAAGAUAGUCAAUCGAAUGCGGUUCGUGAAUUGAUCGUCGAACUCAAGAAUAUGUACAAUGAAUUCUUGUUACAAAUUAAACUGGUGCAAAAGGAUCUAAUACGCUCUGCCAAAUAUGAUGAACUAGAAUCAAAGUUUAUAAGUACAAUGCUGGAGUUGCAAACAUUGCAGAAGGAACAGCAACGACGCGAAUUGCUCCACAAGAUACAAAGAGAUGUGGAUGAUUCAGCAGAAGUGCCUGUGAAAAGAGGCAUCAGUACAAAUCAAAGCGAUGAGCUUCGGCUGAAUAACAAUCGUGAUACGCUCCAUUUUGACAAUGAUGCCAAUGACAAUGAUAUCGGUACAACUGUUGCCGAUGACAUUAUCCUUAUGAAAACUGAUGCGAACAACGAAGAAUCAGCGCUGAAUCACACCAACACCCUUGUACGCGAUACAAGCUCAGCAACGGUUACGCCACAAAACUCUAUCACGGACCUGGACGACGGUUUCGAUACAAAUUCAAUGUCAACCAUUGACGAAACAAACAAUAGUAGUACAAAUUCAAUUAUUACCGAAAUCAACAACGGAUCCGUUGCAGACGAUGACUUCAGCGAACAGAGUAUAACGAAUGCGGUGAAUGAUGAUUUAUUUGAGACGCAAACAGUUCGAGGUUCAGCGAUAAAUGGUGAUGAUCGUAUACACGAACUUGAAUCAGAGAUAACGGCCGUGAGAGUGCAAACAUUGGAUGAAUCGCCUGCAUCAGCUGUGCUUGAUAAUAAUUUGGAUGAUGAUUAUGUGGAUGAAAAGGAGGCGCUCGAAUCGUUCGAUCGAAUCAUUGAAGAGGAAAGCAAAUUGAUCAAUGAAACGGACAUUUUGAAAGAAGAAGAAUUGGUCGAAUUGAAAGAGCGCUGCGUCAAAUUGACCGACGAUAAUGUGUCGUUGCGUCGUGAAAUAGAAACGUUACGCUUAUCCACCAACAAACAAUUUACAUUGCUGGUGUACACAGCGUCAUUAGCCGCCUUCAUUGGUUAUCUAUUUUCCAUAUUUUUUUCAUAAUCGAUGGAGACAACGUCAUUCCAACGCCGUACGAACAAAGGCUGAACACAUUUCGAGAGACACACAAACACACACGAAAAAACAAACAAAAAAAACGCAUUUCAAAUGAAUAAAAUGAAGAAGGAAAAUCCCAGUUUGAUCCGUUUUUAGUCAGAUAUCCGAUUUGCACUAGAGUGCUAUCACAAAUUUUGCCUUCGAUCAGCCCACACAAUUCAUUUAUCUCUAUCUCUGUCUUCGUCUCUGUAAUCUAUCUCUAUUCAGUUCGUUCGAGAUGUAAACAACACACACACACACACAAGUAUAUAUAUUGCACAAUUGUGGGGAAGACAAAUGAGCGACACGCACGCAUUAGAAUUUCAUAUACAUAAUUACAAACAUUCAUUUAGACAUGAAAAAUGAUCAUAAUCUUCUGUUCAUUUAAAAAGAAAGAAAGAAAAAGAAAAACAAACAAAAUACACACAAAUUGGACAUACGUGUUUAAAUAAGGCCCAAUUUUACAGUAAUUUAUAUACAUAAAAUUAAAUAGAUAUGAUGUAACAUAAAACAAAAUGCAUAUUUUUAAGAGCAUUCAAAUAAACGGUCAGAAGAGAAAACAAAACAGAAAAAACACCCACAAAUGAACAACACACUCAUAUUAGAAGAAGAAAAAAAACCAACAAUAAGUUAUCAUCUUUCCGACACGAAAUAUAAUGAAACAGAUAUAUAGAAAUGGGUAUUGAAAUUAAAAAUGGCAAACAAAUAAAUGACCGACCGCUUCUUUUCUCGUGCUGUCGAGAUUAAAGUUGAGCCUGUGCAUUGGUGCGCCGUCAAAUUCUUCGGACCAUAGUGCACUAAAAUAUUUCCAUAAUUGUUUUGUUCGAAUCAUUUUGUUUUUGCCAGAAGAAAGAUGCCAGAAGAAAGAAUUAACGCGCAUCUUUUUGGACAAGUCUUAGGACAACACAAAAUCACGCAUAAUUUAAACACAUUUUUUGACUUGAAACGAAAAAUCUUUUUAUUUAAAUUAAUUCUUUUUUGUCGAUCUUUUUUUUUCUAAUUUAAAUUUAUUUUUAUUAUACCAUUAUUAUUUCUUUUGUAGAAAAAAAGACCCAUUAAAUGCUUUAAUUGUUGUUAUAAUGAA